GGGUGUGGAUGAAAUGCUGAUACGUGCCCUCUGACUGUAACGUCUUCCUCUGCAAAUCCAAAAACCCCUUCGUUUCCUUGUCACCUUUCUAGAGAGAGAGAGAGAGAGAGAGAGAGAGCGGGAGGGGAGAGAGAGUGGCCGCCAUAGCUAACAGAACCCAAGCGGGGAAACCGCUCAUUUGCCCUAAUCCGCCUCGUCGUAACCGACCCAACAGAACCUUCAGCCAUAGCCGCCUCUAUCCACCUGAUUUCCACACCCGCCCCGUCUGCCCAUCUCUAUUUAUAAUCUCCGCCGCAUGGGGACGCCGUCGACAGCAAACCCUCGUCGCCGAAUCACCCCCCAUUGACGCCUGAGUACACCCCUCCCCCCGUGCCUGAGCCUGAUUGUCAACCCGGUAUGGGCAUCGCCUCCACCCCUAUCGCGGCCAACUCGCCCCUCACCAGCGUCGUCGGCGCCGGCCCCCCCGGCUGCUGCGUCUUCAGCCUCCGGUGCUGGUGCCGGUGGAGGUGCCACGACCAGCCGUCCAAUAGGGUUUUGUCGUCGUGCGGGGUCUUCUUCCUGGGUUGCCUCGCGUUGUUCGGGUCGAUCGGCACGCUCUACGCCUGGCUCGCCUUCAAGCCGCCGUACGUACGUGCCGGCGGUGGCGAUGGCGUGGCCUCGCUCGGUUGCCGGGAGGACAGCGAGGGGUCUUGGUCGGUUGGCGUUUUCUACGGGGAUUCUCCGCUCGCCCUCAAGCCCAUUGAAACUGUGAACAUGUGGAGGGAUCAGACUGCGGCGUGGCCAGUGGCUAACCCAGUUGUGACCUGUGCUUCUAUGUCCGAUGCUGGUUUCCCCAGUAACUUUGUUGCAGAUCCCUUUAUUUAUUUGCAGGAAGAUAAUCUUUACCUCUUCUAUGAAACCAAGAACUCCAUAACAAUGCAAGGUGACAUUGGAGUUGCUAAGAGCACAGAUAAAGGAGCAACAUGGGAACCGUUGGGUAUUGCAUUGGAUGAGGACUGGCAUCUUUCGUAUCCAUAUGUUUUUGAAUACCAGGGACAAAUAUAUAUGAUGCCUGAAAGCAGUGGGAAGGGAGACCUUAGAAUCUACAGUGCCGUCAACUUCCCCUUGCAAUGGAAACUGGAAAAGAUAAUCAUGAAGAAGCCCCUUGUUGAUGCAUUCAUAAUAAACCACAAUGGAAUGUACUGGCUUUUCGGGUCAGACCACACUGGUUUUGGUGCGAGGAAAAACGGCCAAUUAGAAAUCUGGUAUAGCAACUCUCCGCUCGGUCCUUGGAUACCUCACAAGCGGAACCCUAUUUACAAUACCGAAAAGAGUGUUGGAGCUCGUAAUGGAGGCAGGCCCUUUGUCUACAAUGGAGACCUCUAUCGCGUGGGCCAGGACUCUGGGGAAACAUAUGGACGGAGAGUUCGGGUCUUCAAGGUGGAGAUGCUCACUAAGAAUGAAUACAGAGAAGUUGAGGUCUCUUUGGGCAUAGAAGAGCCCGCAAAGGGUAGGAACGCUUGGAACGGGGCUCGUUACCACCACCUCGAUGCUCAGCAGCUCCCUUCAGGCGAGUGGAUCGCAGUAAUGGACGGUGACCGGGUUCCCUCGGGAGAUUCUGUUCUUAGGUUCAUCUUUGGUGUUGCUUCUGUCAUGGGAGUUGCUGCAAUUAUUAUCUUAAUGGGCGCUAUUGUUGGGGCUGUGAAGUGCAUUAUUCCUUUGAACUGGUGCAGUUAUGGUCUGGGCAAAAAAGGAAAUUACAAUAGUAGUGCCUUGUGGGCGUGGGAGCGUGAUGGUGCUCUCUCCUCCAAGGUUUGGUGGCUCUGCACCCGAUUGAACCGGGCCCCAUCACUUCUCCGAGGCUGGGUGAGGACUAAUACCUGCAUGGGUAAAUUCAUCCUCGCCGUAAUUUUCUCAGUUGGGGCAGUUUUAAUGUGCAAUGGUGUUAAAUAUAUCUAUGGAGGCAAUGGGGCCCAGGAAGCUUACCCAUUGAAAGGCCAGCACUCCCAGUUCACGCUUUUGACCAUGACCUACGACGCUCGUCUCUGGAACUUGAAGAUGUACGUGAAGCACUACUCGAGGUGCUCCUCCGUGAAGGAGAUUGUAGUGGUGUGGAACAAGGGGAUUCCGCCAAAGCUGACUGAUUUUGACUCUGCGGUUCCAGUAAGGAUUCGUGUUGAGGGUAAGAACUCACUGAACAACCGGUUUAAGGUGGACUCUUUGAUUACGACCCGGGCGGUUCUGGAACUGGAUGACGAUAUAAUGAUGACGUGCGACGAUGUGGAGAGAGGGUUCAACGUGUGGCGUCAGCACCCUGAUCGGAUUGUCGGCUUCUACCCACGAUUGGUUGCAGGCAGCCCGCUCAAGUACCGGGCAGAGAAGUUUGCGCGGGCCCACGGGGGUUACAAUAUGAUCCUCACUGGGGCCGCCUUUAUGGACUUAAGACUAGCUUUCCAGAGGUACUGGAGUGCCGAGGCGAAGGCAGGGAGGGAGCUUGUGGAUGAGUUUUUCAACUGCGAGGAUGUCCUGCUGAACUAUCUAUAUGCUAAUGCGAGCUCCUCCCUGAGGACUGUAGAGUACGUGAGGCCCGCGUGGGCGAUUGACACGUCCAAGUUCUCAGGGGCUGCUAUAAGCCGUAACACACAAGUGCAUUACGGGAUAAGGAGCAAGUGCCUCGUGAGGUUCUCGGAGAUGUAUGGGGGCCUGGGAGGACGGAAGUGGGAGUUCAACGGUAGGAAAGACGGGUGGGAUUUAUAGGCUUUUUAACCGAGGACAGUAGUGAUCGGGAAGAUUAAAAGGCAUACUCUUCUUCUUGAUUUAGGUACAUUCUUCUUAUUCUGCUGAUCAUAAGCUUGUUCAUACUUCUUUGAUGGUUUGUGGAUUAGAGCAUAGGUUGGGUGGAUUUUUACUUUGUGUUUUCUAUGAAUUUUUGAGGGGGCUUAGUUUAGUUUCGCAGAAAGUGCACAGCUUAGUUGGGUUGAUGAUGUACAUUGGUAAACGCCACAGGCAGAUUUUUCCCUUCUGGUAAAUGUUCCAUAUGCGAAAUUGUGUGUGUUUGUUGGGUCA